CAUGAAUCACACGAGUCUUAGUCUUCUUCUCGUGCCUCCCUCGAUCCCUUUAUAAGUCACAUGAGUACUCUUUCUUGCAUGUGACCAGCUAGCUCCCUGCUAUCUGUUAAUUCCUUUCCUUCCCCGCCAUUACUCUUCUUCUCGAUCUUCACUCCCCUCCCCAAAGCCUCCUGAUCGAUCAGAUGAUGCCCCCUGAUCAGCAAGAAACAACCACUACCGUCGGUAGCAGUCCACCUAACAUGCCACUCACAAACCGCUCCGAGAACGCUUUGGUCCACGCCGAGCCAUCCGCCGGUACUUGUACAAGCUGUACAAAUGUGACCCCUCCUUUGGUAGAUGAUCAGAUGCCGGAGCAACAAGCAGCAAACACUGCCAGGCUCUCCAUUCUCCAGAAAUCCUUACGUCCCAUUACACUCAAGUUUGAAGACGUGGUCUAUAGUCUAAACCUGCGGACCACCAAGGGUGGUUGCUUGGCUCCACAUGAGCCGAAACCCACUCGCACUGUUCUAAACGGUGUUAGUGGGGUGGUUAGACCAGGCGAGCUCCUGGCAAUGUUGGGUCCGUCUGGGAGUGGCAAGACCACUCUCCUAACCGCCCUGGCCGGCCGGUUUCCCGGCAAGGUGUCGGGCACCAUAACAUACAACGGCCAGCCCUUCUCUAGCUCCUUGAAGCGCAAUACUGGUUUCGUUGCUCAGGACGACGUGUUAUACCCACACCUGACGGUGCUGGAGACUUUAACCUACGCUGCCUUGCUAAGGUUGCCUAAAGAGCUUUCCAAGCAAGACAAAGUUGAGCAAGCUGAGAUGAUCAUCGUUGACCUUGGACUCACACGAUGUCGUAAUAGUGUUGUAGGCGGGACCCUCCUUAGGGGUGUUUCCGGUGGUGAGCGGAAACGGGUCAGUAUCGGGCAGGAGAUGCUGGUCAACCCGAGUCUCUUGUUGCUGGAUGAGCCCACUUCCGGGCUCGACUCCACCACCGCUCAGCGUAUCGUGGCCACUUUGCGAGGCCUAGCCCGGGGCGGCCGGACGGUCAUCACCACCAUUCAUCAGCCUUCGAGCCGCUUGUAUAGGAUGUUCGACAAGGUGGUCGUGUUGUCUGACGGGUGCCCCAUUUAUAGCGGGCAUGCGAGUCGGGUCAUGGGGUAUUUCGAAUCCAUUGGCUAUGUGCCUGGGUUCAAUUUCGUCAACCCGGCUGAUUUUCUGCUUGACCUUGCCAAUGGUAUAGCUCCUGAUCAUAUCAGACAGGAUGAUCAGCAUGCGCAGCUGGAGUUUCAUGGCAGAUUAGACCACCAUGACGAUCAAAAUUCAAUCAAACAGUCCUUAGUUUCAUCUUACAAAAAGAACCUAUAUCCUUCCCUGAAGGCUGAGAUUCACAGAAAUGUAAGCGACCCAGUUCUUUCAACAACCCGAAAUAUUAUACCAUCAUCCAGAAAUUGUGAGAAUCAAUGGACAACCAGCUGGUGGGAUCAAUUUAAGGUGUUGCUAAAAAGGGGUUUACAAGAGAGGAAGCAUGAAUCUUAUUCAGGUUUAAGGAUUUUCCAGGUCAUGUCUGUCUCACUUCUAUCCGGCCUAUUGUGGUGGAAAUCUGACACUUCACGCAUUCAAGAUCAGGUUGGACUUCUCUUCUUCUUCUCCAUCUUCUGGGGGUUCUUCCCCCUGUUUAACGCUAUAUUCGCAUUCCCUCUGGAGCGUCCAAUGCUAAUAAAAGAACGUUCCUCCGGCAUGUACCGUCUCUCCUCCUACUACUUCGCGCGAAUGGCUGGCGACUUGCCAAUGGAGCUUGUCCUCCCGACAAUCUUCGUGACAGUCACGUACUGGAUGGGCGGCCUAAAGCCUUCGUUCGUUACAUAUUUACUGACCCUCUUGAUCAUCCUUUUCAACGUGCUAGUCUCCCAAGGGCUAGGCCUUGCGCUUGGCGCGAUCCUGAUGGAGGUGAAGCAGGCGACGACUCUCGCUUCUGUGACAAUGCUCGUGUUCUUGCUAGCCGGAGGAUACUACAUUCAGCACAUACCGUCUUUCAUAGCUUGGUUGAAGUACAUUUCUUUCAGUCACUACUGUUACAAGCUUCUUGUCGGAGUGCAGUACUCGGUGGACGAGGUUUAUGUUUGUGGGUUGAUGCGUUGUCGGGUGAUGGAUUUUCCGGCGAUUAAGUAUCUGGGUCUUGAUAAUAAAUGGUGGGAUGUGGCUCCUUUGAUUGUAAUGUUGGUGGGUUACAGGGUUUUGGCAUACUUGGCAUUGAGGAUGGCACAACCUCACUGACUGCACUGCAAUGGAAAAUUGAUGAUCAGAUGAUCGAUCCUCCAAUUUGAUUCAAGAAUCAUCAACUUUGACCGAAACUGGGCUCGCCGGGCCGGCGAAUGUAAAUUAGAUUCCGAUGGUCCAAAACAUAUAUGUUAUCCUCUUAUAUGAAAGCUCGUAUCAUUAAGUUUAAUUUGUAACAUUCUGAUUUAAAUCAACUGAUGGAAUAUUUUUCUUAUUCCUUCAAAACCAGAAAA